GAGAUUAAUGUAAAAAUAAACAACCGAACAUGGUUGUUUAUUCAGGGUCUACACAAACCACAUAUCAUGUCACAACCACCAAUUCAGCUUGAAUACGGUUAAUUUUUUUAAAGCAGAUUCUCAUUUCUUCCUACCAUGGCCUUCUUUCCGGUUGACACAAUAGAAAACCAGUUGUUUACAUGUCCAGAACCUGAUCUAGCAACAUUCAACAACCAGUGUGCUGGAUAUGACACUGAGUGGACGCCAUUCAACGUGGAGUCGGAAGUCACGCGAGGAAGGCGCCUGCGCGAAUGUAAACCUUCAGCUCCGCAACAUAAUGAAAUCAAAAUUUGUGUCGAUUACGUACGGCCAUGUAUGGAGAAGAAGCAAAGUUACAGAUCAUGUCAUAAGCAGCGUUAUGAGGUCUACAACCCACCGUGCUGUCCUCCGACGCCAUUGUGCGGGUGUUGCCCUCAAACGAGCACCAACAGGUCGAAGUCCUGCAAGAGAUCAAAGACGUCCCUACCUCACUACAAACAGUGCCCUCUGAGGAUAAUGGAACUGGCUGCCCCGACUAAGCGACAUUGUCUUGAUACUUGGAAGAGCAAAUCACAUAUCCUGCCCGAUUUUAUGGUAGAAAGAAUUCGUCAGUAUGUUAUGGAUGAAAGACCGUUGGUAGAGAUUCCAGAAGCCAUAAAUUGCUUUAAAAGGAGUGUUUCAAAUAGGAGUUCCAAAAAAUGCAGGCCUAGAAUAAGCGACGCUUGUAUGACAGAUAUAAAAAAGUAUAGCGCAAUAUUUGCGUAUUGCGUAGCGCAAAAAUUAGAUAAACCCCUCAACAUAAUACUAAACCCGGAAUUGGAAAAAGUAUCAAAAAUUGUUUCGUAUGAAAUUUCUUCAGUUACAAAUACUAAAAAAAUUAAAAAAUCCGAUAAAAGUAAAAGAAAUAAAUUCGAUAAACAAAUGCAAGAUGAAAUAUCAAAAAAGGUUACUGCUUGGGUAGCUAAUGUUCUAAUCGAUUCAUCUGACAAACUUUUAGAAGACGAGUUAAAAGAACUAGAAGAAAAAGAGGGUCCGGUUUUAGAUAUACUUGAUGACUUAAUAAAUAAUGUUGUGGAUUCGUGCGAACCUCCUGACGAUGACACCUCAGGCAAUAUAACAGGAGAUGAGUCCAGAUCAGAUCUCAAGUCACAAAAAUCUGAUAUUAAUUCGUUAACUGUGAAUGUUGAUUCAAAAGAUGAUGAGGCAGAUGGCAAUAAUCUAUCUAUAGAAAAUAUUACCAAUGAAUUAAAUAAAACGGGCUUAGACGUCACAGAAGAUUUAAUUGAUGUAACAAUAGAUAAAUUAAAUAUUCCACCUGAUGGGUUCGUUGCCGUGCCUGAUGGCUUAGACACAGAAACCGACGACCUAACUGGAGAGACAGCUAACGUGAGUGAAACAUUUAAGAAAUAUUCAGAAGACAUGCUUGAUGAAAAGAAUCUAACAGUGAAAUUUUCCGACAUAGAUAAGGGACGAAGAGGAAUAGGUUCAAUCAGAAGAAGCCCACAAAACAUAACUUUCGCGCCUCCGAACAAACAUUUGCUAAGUGAUGCCGAUGAGUUAUGGCCUGCAGAUAUACCAAGAGUUUCAGAAAAAGCUAGCGCAACUGUCAGUAAAUCAAUUACAUCAAUGGGAUUUCUUGAUGAAAAAGAAGAAAAAUUGUUACUGUCGGACGGCGAUUCCAAAAAAUUGACAAAGUCUGCAGCAGAAAAGCCUGUCAUUGCCAAAACUAUUGGUGAUGCUAAAGAUAUUUUAAAGAAAAUUGAAGUAGAUGAGGAAGAAAUUCAGCAAUCUAAUUUAGGAGAUGCAGAAAGUGGUCCACACUUCCAAAUUAAAUUAAAAGCAAUAAUGGACGGAGGAGGAGUAAAGAGUAACGGAGAAGUAACGACUGAUGGAGAAAUAAUAAGUAAUGUAGGAUUAAUGAGUGAUGGAGGAUUAAUGAGUGAUGGAGGAUUAAUGAGUGAAGGAGGGUUAAUGGGUGAAGGAGGAUUAAUGGGUGAAAGAGGAGCAAGGGUUAAAGUAUCAGUGAGGGGUAAAGGAGGAGUAAUUGGUAAAGCAGCAUUAAUGGAGGAAACAAAAGUAGAUUAUAAGGUGGAUGCGAGGACAGCUCCGUCAUGGGUGCUGACCGGCCACUGCGAUAAAGGCUGUGGUGAUUCGGAGGACUCCACCCAGGAAGACAAGAUUAAAGAUGAAUACGAAUUUUGUCAAAGACGCUUGCGGAUAUGGGCCACUAAUCUAGAAAUUAUGUGUGCUAACCUUGAAAUAUGGCACGAUUGGAUAGAAAUUUCAUGUAAAAAUAUUAGACACAUCAAGAGGAAAUCGGAGCGUUAUAGAUCUUCAAAAACGUGUAUUUGUCGGCAAAAAGACAUAGACUGUUGGAUUAAAUUAACAAGAUACAUAAACAAAGAUUCAGAGUUUUGGUUGAAAUUCAAACACAAGGAAAAAAGAAGACUGAAAACAUACAAAUCUAUAUUCAAACAUGAAGCAAAGCACAAUACACCUGCCAUUGAUUCAAACAUAUGCAUUUGCAAAAACUGCUGUAGAAACAAGCAUAGAGGUUGACUUUGCAAAAUCGCAUAUGAAAAUGAAUUCCUCAAUAUAAAGAAUGCUAAUUUUACAAAAGUUUUAUUAAAGUUUUACUUAGAUAUAUAAUCACAAUAAUAAAUAGAUAAUGAUCACAAUUUACUUGUAAUGUACUACAACUUGGUUAUAGUCAUAUUUUCUCACGUGAGUGUCCCUGCAUGCCGCGUAGAUCCACUUUCCAUUGAAUGCUAAAUCUCUUAUUCCAUCGCAAUCGGAGCCUGUGAGUUGCACUCUGACAUUAUUAUGUGCGUCAUUCAAAGACAUAACUGUGCAGGUGCCAUCUUGCCGACCGACCACGAAGAGCUGAUUGGACAGCGCCGCGAGGCUUAGGACUGGGUUUGCAGACUCAUGCCACUCUUUUGUUAUUGUACCGUCUUGAAGAUUCAAUUGUAUAACCUGUAAUAAAUAUAUCAUGAUUCGUCUAUUUCUUA